CCCGGCCUCUGGCCCCUGCUUGCCCUCCAGACUGCGGCCGCCGCCGCCGCUGCCGGGAGUCUGCCUGCUGCGGGACUCACUAGGGGGCCUGGGAGAGCCAGCAGGAAAGGGGACCCUGAAGGCUCCUGGGCAACGUCAGAGUACUUCCCCCAUGGAGUUCAGCCUGCUCAGCGAGGCAGAGGCCCGGAGCCCAGCCCUCUCGCUGUCAGAUGCGGGCACCCCUCACCCGGCACUCCCAGAACACGGCUGCAAGGGCCAAGAGCACAGCGACUCAGAGAAGGCCUCGGCUUCGUUGCCCGGAGGCUCCCCCGAAGACGGCUCGCUGAAGAAGAAGCAGCGGCGGCAGCGCACGCACUUCACCAGCCAGCAGCUGCAAGAGCUGGAGGCGACCUUCCAGAGGAACCGCUAUCCCGACAUGAGUACGCGCGAGGAGAUCGCCGUGUGGACCAACCUCACUGAGGCCCGAGUGCGGGUGUGGUUCAAGAACCGGCGCGCCAAGUGGCGAAAGCGCGAGCGCAGCCAGCAGGCGGAGCUGUGCAAGGGCGGCUUCGCGGCGCCACUCGGGGGGCUGGUGCCGCCCUACGAGGAAGUGUACCCCGGCUACUCUUACGGCAACUGGCCACCCAAAGCGCUCGGCCCGCCACUCGCCGCCAAGACCUUCCCGUUCGCCUUCAACUCGGUCAACGUGGGUCCUCUGGCUUCGCAGCCUGUCUUUUCGCCACCCAGCUCCAUCGCCGCCUCCAUGGUGCCCUCGGCCGCGGCCGCCCCGGGCACCGUGCCAGGGCCUGGAGCCCUGCAGGGCCUGGGCGGGACCCCCGGGCUGCCUCCCGCCGCAGUGUCCUCCGGGGCUGUGUCUUGCCCUUACGCCGCGGCCGCAGCUGCGGCCGCCUCCUCCCCCUACGUAUAUCGGGACCCGUGUAACUCGAGUCUGGCCAGCCUGAGGCUCAAGGCCAAACAGCACGCCUCUUUCAGCUACCCCGCAGUGCCCGGGCCGCCCCCGGCCGCCAACCUCAGUCCGUGCCAGUACGCUGUGGAAAGGCCCGUAUGAGCGCCCGGCCCGUCGAUCAUCCCCAAGGGCGGAGGCAGCAAUUCACAGCCUCCCGGGACUGGGGUCGUCUUGACUGGCUUGCUCCCGCCCCGGGGUCUGCGAGGGGUGCUGGGGCAGCCGGGGUUGGGAGGCGGCCGGCCCAGGAAAGCCUUCCCCCUCCCAGGCCUGAGGGAUGGACUGGGCCCUACACACAGUCCGCGCCCCUGGGACUAAAGCCAGGAACAGGGACCAGUUCCCCGAGGGCCAACUCGCCCUUGGCCCACCCCGCCUUCUCCAGACUCCCCCUCCCCGGUUUUCAAAGAGAAAUGAAAUAAACGUGCGCGGACCGUUAAAGGCCUGAUGAUUCACAGUUGCGGUUGAGCCUUCUCCCCUCAUCCUUCCCCAUGUUUAAAGGAGAGCUGGGUGUACAGGAAAGAGAUGAAGGUCCAGGCUUCUAGGACUUCAGUCCCCCUCAGACCCCCAACACCAGGACCGGGAAGCCCAGGGAUUCCUGGAGCAGAGCGAGAACGCGGCCAGGCGUGUUUCUCUGUGCGGCUUGGGGACUAACUGCUGGGUUGGCGUUGGCCAAAGCUGGUGCUGAGGCGCCACCUCGUGGUCUCCUGGAGGAUAACUGGAAGGUCCCGUCUCGAAUGCCUGCAGGUGUCAACUCUGCGAUUUAGGAAGCCUAUGACUUUAGAUAAGUUUUACUCCGACUUUCUGCACCUGUUUCUCACUGUUCCUACGAGGGGUUUGGGCCUCUAACAGCAAUAAAAUUCUGGUCUGUAACAGACA